AUGUCGUUCAAAUCCAUCCCCGUGCUCGACCUGGCCCUGGCCGAUGACCCAGCGACCAAGCCGGCCUUCCUCACAGACCUCCGCGAGGCCUUGAUGCAAGUUGGCUUCCUCUACAUAAAAAAUGUGGGCAUCUCAGACGAGCUGUUCGGGAAGGUUGUAUCACUGGGCAGGGCAUUCUUCGACAUACCGCUCGAGGAAAAGCUCAAGAUCGAGAUGAAGAAUGCGCCCUCCUUCCUGGGUUACAGCCGCCUGUCAGCAGAGAUCACAGCAGGCAAGAUAGACCACCGGGAGCAGAUCGACCUGUCGACAGAGCACCCGAUGCCGGGCCCGGACGCCCCGCGGCACCACAACCUGCUCGCGCCCAACCAGUGGCCCUCAGAGUCCGUACUCCCGGGCUUCCGCGCCACAUAUGCGGAGUACAUGCGGCUCAUGUCAGGCGUGUCGGUGCGCUUCACAAGCCUGGUGGCCGAGGCGGUGGGGCUACCGUCGGGCGCUUUCGACAAAUACAUCGGCGCCCCGGACCAGCAGCAUAAGCUCAAGAUCGUGCGGUACCCUGACGCGGGGGAGCUGGGCCUCUGCGGCGGCAAUGACGACGACGGCGACGACAGCAGUGCCAGGCAGGGCGUUGGCCCGCACAAGGACUCUAUGCUAACGAGCUACCUGCUCCAGGCGAGUGGUCAUAAGGGCCUGCAGGCGCAGAACACGCGGGGUGAGUGGAUCGACUGCCCGCCGCGCGAGGGGACGCUGGUUGUGGCGAUCGGACAAGGGAUGGAGGCGCUGACGCGCGGCGUCUGUACUUCAACGACGCACAGGGUGCUAAGCCCGCGUGCAGGCGAGGGCCCGCGCUUCUCGGUGCCGUUCUUCCAGGGCGUGGCGGCUGAUACGACGUUCGAGGACCUCGAGGGCGUCGGGGUCGGCGCCGUGCCGGAGGAGGUGCGGCGUUUGCGCGAGGCUGUGCUGGCGGCGAAUGGGGGCCAACGGCUCGACGAUGUCGAGUUCACCUUCCGCGGCGGAGGCGUGGCGCGCACGCUGGGUGAGGCGACGCUGAGGAAUCGAGUCAAGAGCCAUCCUGACGUCGGCGAGCGUUGGUACCCGGAUAUACUGGCGCAGAUUAGGGAGGAGCAGGCGAGGGCAUCUCAGCCGUCACCGCCGUCACCGCCGGUGCCGGUGGAUGGUGGUGAUCGGGGUUCUCAGGCAAAGGCAGUGAGGGCGCACUAG